AUGAACCCAGACUCAGACACUGACUCAGCCUAUGGCGAGAGUGUGCAUAGUGAGACAACAUCCCUAUCUUCCAGUGUCCUAGAGUAUCAGUAUGAGAAUGGAAGACGCUACCAUAAAUACAAGGCGGGGAAAUACUUCGCGCCUAAUGACGAGGAAGAGCAACAGCGGCUUGACCUUGUGCAUCACGUCCAGUCAAUGUGCCUAGGAGGAGAACUGUUCAAGGCACCCAUCAAAGAGCCGCACCGAAUACUUGAUAUUGGUACUGGCACCGGAAUAUGGGCGAUGGACAUUGCCGACCGCUUCGAGAUGGCUCAAGUCAUCGCGACGGACCUUUCACCGAUUCAGCCCAAAUGGGUGCCGCCGAACUUACAAUUCCUUGUAGAUGAUGCAGAAGCAGGGUGGACUUUCGAACAAAAAUUCGACUUCAUCCAUAUCCGAAAUAUGGGAGGUUCAAUCGCAGAUUGGCCGGCGCUUUUACAACGAUGCUUCGACCACCUCAAUCCCGGAGGGUGGUUGCAAGUAGGAGACUUCGAGGCCUGGGGAUCUACGGAUGAUAAUUCGUUGCCAGAGGACAGCUCUUAUCACCAGUGGCAAACGCACUUGCAGGAAGCAGCAGAGAAAGCUGGACGUACCAUGAACAUCAUCCCUCAAAUGAAGAAGAUGGUGCAGGACGUCGGCUUCGUAGAUGUACAGGAAGAUAUUUACAAGGCUCCUCUUUCACCUUGGCCGAAGGACAGGAAGCUCAAGGAGUUGGCCAUGUACAUGCGCAUUCUAAUGCUCGAGGCCCUACAAGCCUACAGUCUGGCUCUUUUUACCCGUGUCCUCGGCUGGGACCAGGCCCAGGUCGAGGUGCUGCUUAGCGGAGUCCGGGCAGAUCUAAGGAACCUGAAAUAUCAUAUGUUCACUCGAUUGUAA